UGUGAUGUCAUUUUGUUCCUCUUUGAGAACCAGCCUGGUUGGGGAAGACUUACAUAAGACAAUGAGCAGCAUAACACUGUUGUACUGUUAAAGUACUAGCUACAAAUAUUCAAGCACCAACAUGUAAAGGAAUGGAGAGAUCCAAGACAGGUACUAUGCUGAAUUUGAAGAUGUGAAGAAAAUAAAAUUGCCCUCAAGAAACUUACAUUCUGUUUGGGCUUAUAUCAAGUACACAAAUAAACAUGAACUAUAUCAAGAUUACUUAGAAGCAGACGAAUGAGUGGAAUAAGAAUGAUGAUCGGCUGUUGCAGGCGGUGGAGAAUGGAGACGUGGAGAAGGUGGUCUCCCUGCUGGGCAAGAAGGGUGCCUGUGCCACCAAGCAUGACAGCGAGGGCAAAACCGCUUUCCACCUGGCUGCAUCAAGAGGGCAGGUGGAGUGCCUCAGGGCCAUGGUUACACACGGAGCGGAUGUGACAGCCCAAGAUACUGCAGGACACAGUGCUUUACACCUGGCAGCCAAGAACAGUCACCCUGAGUGCAUUAAGAAGCUUCUUCAGUUUAAAUGUCCAGCAGAGAACACUGACAAUUCUGGAAAAACAGCUUUACACUAUGCAGCGGCACAUGGAUGCCUUCAAGCGGCUCAGAUUCUCUGUGAGCACAAAAGCCCCAUUAACCUCAAGGAUUUGGACGGGAAUAUACCUCUGCUUCUUGCAGUACAAAAUGGCCAUACUGAAGUGUGCCGCUAUCUCUUGGAUCACGGAGCAGAUGUCAAUUCCAGAGACAAAAAUGGAAGAACUGCUCUUAUUCUGGCUUGUGAAACUGGCAACUCUAACAUGGUGGAAGCCUUAAUUAAAAAGGGUGCAGACUUAAACCUUGUGGAUUCUCUUGGACACAAUGCCUUACAUUAUUCCAAACUCUCAGAAAAUACAGGAAUUCAAAGCCUUCUAUUAUCAAAAAUCUCUCAGGACACUGAUGUAAAGACUCCGACAAAACCAAAGCAGCAUGAUCAAGUCUCUAAAAUAAGCUCAGAAAGAAGUGGAACUCCCAAAAAACGCAGAGCUCCACCACCACCUAUCAGUCCUUCCCAGCUGAGUGACCUGUCUACGCCACGUUCAAUAACUUCAACUCCAUUGUCAGGAAAAGAAGCAGUUUUUUUCCCUGAGCAAUCUUUCAAGCAGGAAGAGGUUAGCUCUCUACGGGAUAACAAAGACCGACUGAGUGAUAGUACUGCAGGUGCUGAUAGUUUAUUGGAUGUGAGUUCUGAAGCGGAUCAGCAAGAUCUUCUCACACUCUUGCAAGCAAAAGUCGCUUCUCUUACCUUGCAUAAUAAAGAAUUACAAGACAGAUUGAAAGCCAGAACAUCCAAGGAGGUUGAGGCAGACUUAAGUACUGACUCUUACCAUUCUACCCAGACUGACUUGGUCCCAUUAGAAGAUAAAUCAAGUGAAACCUCUGCCUUUGUUUUAACCCAUACUUUAAGUAAAGCCACUAGCAGCAGUGACAUAAAAAUUCAACAGCUACAGGAAAUUUUACAGGAUAUGCAGAUGAAACUGGAUAGCUCAGAAGCAGAAAAGAGGGAGUUACAAGCCCAGCUCCAGUCUCGAGUUUCACAAUCAAUUUGUCUAAACAGCUCUGAGAUUUCAGAAAAUGGCUCUGAUCUCAGCCAAAAGCUUAAGGAAACCCAGAGCAAGUAUGAAGAGGCUAUGAAAGAGGUCUUGAAUGUGCAGAAGCAAAUGAAAUUAGGCCUUGUUGCUCCAGAAAAUAAAGAUAACAGUUUCUCUAAUCUCCAUGAGCUGAGGUCCACAGAUGAAGCUAUUGAAAAACUCAAGCAAGAUCUACAGAAGGCAUUAGAAGAAAGUGAAGGAAAUAAAGAGAGAGUGAGAGAGUUAGAAGGGAAACUUGAAGAAAAGGAGAAAAGUCUGGCUGUCAAGCCAUCUGUGGAAGAGUAUGAAAAAAUAAGAAACUCAUAUUGCUCUGUGAUUGAGAAUAUGAACCAAGAGAAAGCCUUUUUAAUUGAGAAAUAUAAAGAUGCUCAAGAAGAAAUAAAAAAAUUACAAGAGACUUUGAAAAGUCAGACACCACAAGAAUCCACUGAUGAUGCUGGAGACAUGAAAGAAGCAAUGAACAGAAUGAUCGAUGAACUCAAUAAGCAGGUAACUGAGCUCUCCCAGUUAUACAAGGAAGCCCAGGCUGAGCUCGAGGACUACAGGAAGAGGAAGUCACUGGAGGAUGUCACUUCUGAAUAUAUCCAUAAAGAUGAGCAUGAGAAGCUUAUUCAGGUGACAAAUGUGUCCAGGGUGAAAGCUGAAGAUGAACUAUCUGAAAUGAAAUCCCAGUAUUCAAAGGUAUUGAAUGAAGUAACACAGCUCAAGCAGCUAGUCGAUACUCAAAAGCAAAAUUCCGUGUCCAUCACAGAACAUUUGCAAGUGAUAACCACUCUCCGGAGCACUGCAAAAGAAAUGGAGGAGAAAAUAAACAGUCUCAAAGAGCAGCUUGCAGGCAAGGAAACCGAAGUGGCCAAUCUAGAGAAACAUCUUUUGGAAGAAAAAGCAGCAAUGAACGACGCUAUGGUACCUAGAGCCUCCUAUGAAAAACUCCAGUUGUCUUUGGAAAGUGAAGUGAAUGCAUUGACAUCUAAAUUGCAGCAUUCAGUGAAGGAGCGAGAGAAGGUGUCCUUAGACUUGGCACAGGUGAGAAAUGAAGUCUCACAGAUAAGAAGGGAAAAGGACAGUAUUCAAAAUCUCCUGAAAACUAAGGAACAGGAGGUAAAUGAACUUCAUCAAAAGUGCCAGCAAGCUCAAGAAGAACUUACAGAAAUGAGAAGAUAUUCUGAGAGCUCUUCAAAAUUAGAAGAGGACAAAGAUAAGAAGAUAAAUGAGAUGUCCAAAGAAGUCAUCAAAUUAAAGGAAGCUUUGAACAGCCUUUCUCAGCUUUCCUACUCUACCAGUGCAUCCAAGAGGCAAAGUCAGCACCUGGAGGCCCUACAGCAGCAAGUGAAGCAGUUACAGAAUCAACUGACGGAAUCCAAGAAACAACAUCAGGAGAUUGUCUCAGUUUACAGAAUGCAUCUUCUGUAUGCUGUACAGGGUCAGAUGGAUGAAGAUGUCCAAAAAGUACUGAAGCAAAUUCUCACCAUGUGUAAAAACCAGUCACAAAAGAAGUGAGAUAGAUUCUCUGGGACUCAGCGCCAACCCCUCAUAUUUGCCAUAUUUGCCUUAAAACAGGAGUUAGGGUUGGCAGUCACUGCCAUUUUUCUAGUUUGUUGUAUGCACUGUGAGUUCACAUAGCUGCCCUCUCAGCUUCUUCCUUACACAAGGACUUCUGAGGAUUGUCCCCAAGAGAAGACCUUCCAUUCUUCAGAAUUGUUUGUUGACUUUUAAGACCUAAAGUUACCAGCCUUGUGAUGAGCUGAAACUGUUAAUUCCAGAUCUUGGUGCUGGCUAGUGCCACACUUGGUUUGGAUCUGUGAGACUAAGGGACUUGAUUGAAGCGGUCUGUUGGAUGGUGGUGACCUGCAAAUUUCCCACAGGAUUUCUUGCUGGUCAGUCCUAGUUGUUGCAAAUAAUGUGGUGAAUGCUGUUGGAAUUCCUUUUUCCCAUGGCUGCCCAUCCACACCAACUUUUAGUUAGAAGCACCCAAGAUUUCAGGCUGGAAUUAACCCUUAACAUGAUUUAAUUUCUAAUCAAAUUAACCCUAGGAUUGGUUACAAGGUACAAUACAAAAGCCCUCAUCAUAUCUUCUGGAUGGAGUGCAUACCCAAUUCCCAAUCUGCCUUUCAUUCUUAGAACUAUGCUAUUUAAACCAGCAAUUGGAUGAAUAGGAUUAACUAAAAUAUAUAGGUUAAAGAUUUCAAAAAAACAAAACAAACAAACAAACAAAAAAACCCUUUAAACAACACAUUGCAAACAACCUAUGCAAGCUUGCCUACUACUGUUGUCCAUGAAGCUCAGGAAAUCCAAGUACAUGCUUUUCAACAAGGGAUUACAGUAAACAAUGCGUUUACAACCGAAAGAAAUUCUUCGUAGUUCCUAACCUCACUUUUGUAAAGAUGGGUUUUUUUUCCAUUAUAUUUUUAUUGGCUAUUACAGAUUUUUGGUACCUAAGCCAUUUAUUUCAUAAAAUUUGCAUUACACUAUGUUAACAAAAUAUUUUAGAUAACUAUGCUUUAGACUUAAAAUGUCUUUGGGUAAAAGUUUUCAGCUGUAGCAAUAUGUACUAGAAGUACUCUCAGCUCAUCACAAAACACCAGCAGAUAGUAGGAGGUUUGGUCACGUGUCUGUGUGCUCUUGUAGCUGUCAAGCCUUCCUGGUGAACAUGGCCUUGUUCUUUUGGCUGACUGUCAGGAUAUCAUAACUCUGCUUACUUUUCCAGACAUUGGGAGCAUGACUAAUGCCAGUCAUUGAAAAUUGGUAAAAUCAUAGUGCAUAGCGGAGAUGUAGGGAAGAAAUACUUUCCUAUUCCCAUGCCAUACUUAAAAUUUAAAACUUGCUUGUAACUUCACUUAAGGCUUUAUUUUUAAUGGGGUAUACAAAUAUAAAUAAAAAUCAGUCUCGUUAAGAUGUUCCCAGAAGCUUGUGUCUGCUUUGACUGAGUAGAAAGUAGCUCAAGGCUUACUGGACUCUGCUGUCUAGAGUAUAUGCUCUCUAAACAAUGGUAAAGCAAAAUGGCUUUAAAACUUCCCAUCAAAUAAUAGGUCUUGGUGUUGUUGUUUAAUGAUAAUUUGAUAAUUUUGAAAAGACCCCAAAGAAAUGUGAAAGGACUUGUUUGGGGGGGGAGGGGGGAGGGUUAGCACUUAAGAAAACAUCACACACACACAUACACACACACAUACAUACAAAUUCAGCACACAAAUGCUGCAGAAUCUAAAACUUGAGACAUUUUAAAGGUUUCCUGACAAUUUUAGUCUUUUACUUUGUUUCAUUAUGCAUAUUUAUUACAAGUAUCCUGGUUAAAUAUUGAAAAGUUAUACACUAUAGUCUAGCAUUUUUGUCUUUGUAAUUUACAGGAGUUUAUGGAGAAAAUAAACUUUGGUUCCAUUGUUUUCA